CCAAGUCAGACACGUAUAGAACACUUGUUGCACCAAAUUCUAGCCAAUUAGCAGUGCACGAAAGACUUAACACACCGGCUAUUACUUCCACGCCCAUUUCCAGAUCUCAACAACACUCAUACUCAUGGACAGUCGUAAAGAGAAAAAUGGCACUUGGCUAUCAGUACCACAAUUUGGAGACUGGGAUCAGAAGGGCCAAGUGCCAGACUACUCUCUUGAUUUCUCAAAGAUAAGGGAAACUAGGAAGCAGAACAAGACAAACAUUUCGAGGGCAAGUCUUGGUAAUGAAGAAGAGUUCGAUGAUUCAACCUCGAGCAGCGCAAACACUGGUCACAGUGAGCACUCCCAACCUCACUACCAUCAAACGGUUCCUCCAAAUGUAAGAUUAUCCAGAAGCUUCCCAGUUCUUUGUUUUAUUUUCUUAAAAAGGAUCAAUUUAAUUGUUUAAAACAAAUAAAAUAUA